UUUUAUAACACUGUCAUUGUGAUUUAUUUGCAACCGGCUCAUUUUUGCAUGCAAAUCUCAGGAAAAUGUCCUCGCCAGCGCCCAAAUCCCCGGAACUUUCGGAUAAAAGCAAGAAAUAUGACAGACAAAUCAGGCUGUGGGGUGAACAUGGACAGACGCUUUUGGAGGCGGCCACUAUUUGUUUGGUGAAUGUUACGGCCGUGGGCUGUGAAACAGCCAAAGGAUUGGUUCUGCCCGGUAUUGGAGGCUUCACUGUAGCCGAUGGGAGCACCGUCAAGGAGGAGGACCUGGGCAACAAUUUCUUCCUGGAUCAAAGCUAUCUGGGAAAAUCCAAAGCUUUUGCUUGUAUGCAACUACUUCAAGAGCUAAAUCCUGAUGUUAAUGGCGAUUAUGUGGAGGAAAGUGCCGACUAUAUAUUGGCAAAUAGGCCAAACUUCUUCGACAGCUUUGAUUUGGUCAUUGCCUCCAACCUGAACGAGCAAACUUUGCUUCUUUUGGCCGAACGACUGUGGGAAGUCAAUGUGCCGCUGAUCUACUGCCGAUCGCUGGGCAUGCUGGGCACCAUACGCCUGCAAAUUCGAGAGCACUGCAUUGUGGAGGCGCAUCCAGAUAACAGACAGUUUGAUCUGCGUCUGGAGCAUCCAUUUGAUGCUCUGCGGGAGCAUCUCGAAGGCACGGAGGUGACCAGCAAGGUGCCCUGGCUGCUGGUGCUCCACAAAUACCUCAAUGUCUGGCAGAAACAGCAGACGGAUGGUGCUCGAACUCCCCGCAAUUAUAAGGAGAAGAAUCAGUUGAGAGAGGUCAUCAGGGAGGAGAUGAAGCCGGAUGAGGAGAACCACGAGGAGGCCAUCAAGGCGGUCAAUACAGCAUUUGGAGCGGGACAGGUUCCUAAAGGUCUUAAAGACAUAUUCGAGGAUGAUGCUUGUGACCAGCUUAACAAGAAGAGCAAUGUCUUCUGGAUCAUGGCCAAGGCCUUAAAGCACUUUGUAAUACACGAAAACGAUGGUCAUCUGCCGCUGCCGGGCGUUCUGCCGGAUAUGACUGCCAACACGGACUCCUACAUCGCCCUGCAGCACAUCUACCGCCAACAGGCGCUGCAGGACGCCGACCAGGUGUACCACAAGUGCCAGGAGUACCUCAAGCAAUUGGCCCUGCCCGCCGAUAGCAUCGAUGAGAGGAGUGUGCGUCUGAUUUGCCGGGAAGCAGCCGGAUUGGCGGUCCUAAGAGGCACUCGCAUUGCUGAGGAAUACGAGAAGAGCAGUCGCCUGCUGCCAUUAGUUGAGGACAACGAGCUGCAGGGCAACCUCACGGCCUACAACUUUGCGCUGCGCGCCUACGAGCGUUUCCUCAGCGAGUGUGGCCACAUUCCCGGCGAGUGCACCGUGGAGCAGGACAUCGGACGCCUGAAGAGCAUUGCCGCCAAGAUGCUCAGCGAUCUGGGCAUGCAUGCCAGCAUCAGCGACGAUGUGCUGCACGAGAUUUGUCGCUACGGCGGAGCCGAGCUGCAUGCAGUGUCCGCUUUCAUAGGUGGUUGUGCUGCCCAAGAGGUGAUCAAGAUUGUUACCAAACAAUACAAGCCAAUCGAUAAUACUUUUAUAUACAAUGCUAUAACCACUGAAAGUGUCACGUUGAAGCUAUAAACAAAUCGUAUUUUCAUAAAA